UGCCGCGUUGGGUAGGGAAGACGGGGCAGAGGAAGGCGCCUCGCAGGUCCAGCGGAGGUCGCGGCUCCCGUUCCGGGAUGGGGCUCCUAUUCGCGAAGCUGUGGAGUCUGUUCUGUACGCAGGAACACAAAGUGAUAAUUGUGGGACUUGACAAUGCUGGGAAGACUACAAUUCUGUACCAAUUCUUAAUGAAUGAGGUAGUUCACACAUCUCCUACCAUAGGCAGUAAUGUUGAAGAAAUUGUUGUAAAAAACACACAUUUCCUCAUGUGGGAUAUUGGUGGACAGGAGUCAUUAAGAUCAUCCUGGAAUACUUAUUAUUCAAAUACAGAGUUUAUAAUCCUUGUAGUUGACAGCAUUGAUCGAGAGAGGCUGUCUGUCACAAAAGAAGAACUCUACAGAAUGUUGGCCCAUGAGGAUUUACAAAAAGCCGCCGUUCUCAUUUUUGCAAAUAAGCAAGAUAUGAAGGGUUGUAUGACAGCAGCUGAAAUUUCCAAGUAUCUAACCCUUAGUUCUAUAAAGGAUCACCCAUGGCACAUUCAGUCCUGCUGUGCAUUAACAGGAGAAGGGUUGUGCCAAGGACUGGAAUGGAUGACUUCCCGAAUCGGAGUAAGAUAAUUCUUCUGGAUUGGAAGUGAGAGUUAUCCCAUGGACUACCCUUUGUGGUACACUUGUCUGCUUCGUGUAGGAACAGGUUUGAUUUAAAAAAACAAAACAAACUUCUGAAACCUCCACAACAAGCAACACUUGAAUCGAGUGCAGCUAAUCAAAACUCAGAGUAUUUUUUAAACUUUUUUAAAAUGCACUAGUCUUGGAUGGAUAAGCAAGUUCUCCUACAACAUAACUUAAAGAACUCUGCCUUGUAUAACAAAACUCACCAUUGAAAAGAUUCCUUCUUGCAGCUGAAUAGCCUGUAGCAUCGGUCAGUUUGCUUCCUUUUCUGUUUCGUACUGCAACAAUAAGCUUUAAGACUCCCAGGAUUAUGGAUAUUAGGGUCAGUGGAUUUCCAGAUGAUGGGAAUUCCAGUAUCAGUACCCAUUACUGGAGUUCUCUAACAUUGAAAUGAUUAUUUAUUUGCUAUCAAUGCUGCUGCCUUUUGCCAAUACAUUUCUGCCUGAGAAAGCAUACACCUUUUUCUUAAAGUGUAUGCUAUAAAUAUUUUAUAUAUUGGGUUUUUUGGUAAAAUGAUUGUAGGGGAAGAAAAACUUUGUGUUAUCAAGGAGGGCUAAUUAUACUGCACUGUGUUUUAACAAUGCAUAUUUAAUAGAGAAAACUUCCAGUAUACGGAGAGAUGUAUUUUUCAAAUAAUCUUAAUAACACAUGAAGGCCAAACUCUUUGGGAUUCUGUGCUAUUAGCCAAUGAGGCUUUUUAAUUGGAUUCAGAAUUACUGAGUAACAGAAUUAAAUUGGUUGAAUGUUGUGAAUAAUGUAUGAAAUAAUAAGUUUGAAAAAGUGAUUCAUAAUUAUUCACUGGGGAAACUUAGAAAGUAUUCUUGAAAGUAACUUGGUUCUGUUGCAAAUUGGCCCAUGACUUUUUCUUAUAGAAAGCCGGAUUAUUAAUGUGAUUCCCCCCCCAGAAUUAGGACUUGUUCUACAUAUCAGUGUCUUAUCUUGUGUGGUCUUCAUAAGUGACUUGUGUUUUCAUGGAAGGUUAUUGUAAAUGUCCCACUAACAGUAUUAUGUAGUAUUUUUAAAACUGAAAGGUGUCUGUUUCUUAUGAGGAUAGAUUUCUUGACAUGCAGUAAUGCUGGUAUUGAGUGUCAUCUGACACCUAACAUGGUUGUGGCUCCUCCUUUGUCUCCUUGCCAGGGAUCACAGAUAUAGUUGCUAGUUAAGAAAGUUGACCUACAAUACAUCUGGAGGUUGCUAAGUUGAGGAAGGCUGAUGUACCUAGGUAUCUGGUAUAAGCCACCAUGGUGUUAUCAGGCAAGUGACACAAAUUAUGUAAUUUAUGCCAGUUGCAUCAUGACACCUGUGAUUAUGCUUCCCAUCACUCUUACAUCCAUUCUGAUGUAUCUAAAACUACAAAGGUGAGCUUUUCUGCUCAGUGUAAUCUACACUUGCAAGCCUGAACAGAGGACUCCAUGUUAGCUUUGGCUUAAUACACAAGGGAGGUGUGCUAUAGUUAAAAGUGGACUGUAUUUUCAUGAACCUAAACAAUGGCUUGGCAGGCACAGUAUUUCUUGAAGGCUCAUUUUGUAUCAGAAGAGAAAUGAGAAGCAACUGUUCGAAAUAUAGAAGUUUCCUUUGAGUCAAGUUCAACUCUUGUGACUUCAUGGACAUGUCUAGGUAGUUUUCUUGGUAACAGUACUGAAAUGGUGUGCCAUUGCUGCCUUCUGGCAUUUUUUUCCUAUCCAGGCUAGCCGAUAGAGCUGGCUCUUCCUUGUAAUGUGAACCUAUGUAGUUUUCUGAGAUCAGCCAAGUCAACAGUCUACUAUAUCCUCUGGCGGGGCGUGUUUCCAUUCCAGUGAAUUUUCUAAGAGUUUUUUUUUUAAAUGUCAGAGUACGUAGGGAUAGCACUUAGUUUUAAAAGUAUAAGUUAGCCAAGGGUUCUCUCAGUUUCACUUAGCCCUUAAAACUCCCAGCAGGAAGAGUCUUCUUCCUUCUCAAGUAUUAACUGAAAUGAUAUUGCAUGCUUUCUUGCAAAGAACUUGGCACUAGAGUAGGUAGGAGGCUAGCUAGUUAGCUAGCUGAUGGAUCCCUCACUGCCUCAUACUUUUUAAAGGUGGAAGUGCCUUCCCUUUUGAGGAAGAGAUGCUAGCCAGACAUCAUUAUUUAUUAUUAUUUAUUAUUAUUAUUUAUUAUAGGUUCUUCCCAGUAGCAUAUAUACAAUAAAAGACAGUUAAAAACUCAACACACAAACACACACACACAUUCAUUUAAUAACCUGGUCACCUUCAGUGACCACCAAGUGUUGUCACUUGCCCGUAAUUUUCUUAUGGCUAGCAUUUAUCCCACCACGCAUUUCUCUAGAGAUGAAAUCUUCAAAUCUAAUUUCAGAGGAACUUUGGAAUUCACUUAGAUCCCUACUUCCUUAAUUCUGUCCGUUCCUUUGAUGUUGUCAACUACAGGUCAGUCUUCUGUACCUUUUAAUAGUCCACAUGCUCCAUAACUUGAAGGUAUAAAUAGAGCUUAAAUAGGAACAAUGAUAAUUCUAUACCAGUUGAUGGAUGAUUUGUUCCUUAGGGCCAGUACUGUCUACUUUUUGGGUCCUUGGGAAAGUGUGUGUCUCAUCAUCUGCUAGUUGCUUGUUUUUAAACUAGAGAUGUCUUGGAACUGUGUCUGGGAUGUUAUGUGUCAGAGCAUCUGUUCCAUUAACUAGCUGUGAUCCUGCCCUGUCCAAGAUACUAGGGAGUUAGUAACUGUUUCUGAUCCAAGAUUCUCAGUGAUUCUUUGACCUGCUUAAGCAUUCUGUGUGAUGGUAUGGGAUCAUUUGAAAGGGAGGUUUUUAAGUGGGAUAGUAUAUCAUCACAGCCCCAGCCCCGGUCAUUUUCCUUCUUUCUUUGCCUCCAUGUUUGGUUUCUUUACGAUCCUCACAGUAACUGCGAAUAUAUCAUUUUUUUUUCCAAAGAGGGAAGCAGUAUGUAUUUAAAUUUGGCUCUUUCCAUGCUGUGGAAUUUGGAAAAGCUGGUCCAUUUUGGCAUCAUCAUUUCCUAUGCUUAUCAGGUUUUAUCACUUUUAUAUCAAAUAGUGAGCAUGACAUUGCACUGUAAUUAUGUUGAGGUGAAUUAAACUGGUUAUGUAAAACCCUUUGCACUGUUACAAAAACUACUGGCAACGCAAUAUAGAUUGUGGUGGGGCAAGAACGGAAGAGAGGCUGAUGGGCCAAUAAAACAACAGUCCUACUCUGUUUGCACCACCUUUUGCGUGCAAGUAUGGUUGGUUCUCUGGAUCGUGACCCUGGAUCUUAUUCCUUGAAUUACAGUUUGUAUUUCUGUAAUGAGCAGUUUGUUCAGUUCCAAAACUCACUGAACUGGUAUUGAAAUAAACAA